UCUGUUUCUUUGAUCGGGUAGAUGGAGGAGAGGAUAAAGAAGAAGCGACACAAGAUCGUGCAGGCCAAGACCGGCUCGUCCAAUGCCAUGAAGGUCGUCUUCAACAAGUUUGAUUUCUCCAAUUCAUAUAUAUGGUUUGAGUUCUACAAUGCUCUAUUGCCAAAAGAUGUGAAAUUAAUUUGUGAUACUCUGCGAUCAUGGCAUAUACCUGGACGCCUUGGUGGGUGCAAUUCCGUGAAUAUGCAGCUAUCACAGUUGAGUUUAGAUUGUAAAAGACCAACUUAUGAUGCUCUUGAAGCAGCAAACGCCACACCAACAUCCUUUUACAACAUUGGUGAUCUAGAGAUUCAAGAGAACCUAGCACGUGUCUGGGUGGACAUUGGUAUUCAAGAUCCAUUGCUUUUGGACAUCCUGCUUAAUUCAUUAACCACCAUAAAUUCGGAUCAUCUGGGCAUUAAGGAAGUACAGUUCGGAGGGUCAGAGUUUCAGAGCUGGAACGACAGCUUGAAUACUGAAGAAGCUGGAUACAGUGUCCAGAAGAUCUAGAAAGCAGAGUCGUGCGAUUGUAGAAGCAGCUACCAUUUUGGUAACAGGGAGAAUCCAACAACGAUUUACUGGCUAAAAUCACGCCUCACUUGAUCUUGACGCACUAAUCUUGCAAUUGAAAAGGACGACGACCUCCCCACCAUUGCUAAGCAUGAAGGAUGAUGUCUAUAUUGUUGUGCAAACGACCUGUUUUGGUCUCCGCCUACAGGAUACCAACAACUCAAGUUGGACAAGUGUAACAUGUUGGCCUGUUCGUUGUGCUGAAACACGCAAGUUUCACUCGAGUUUCUCGGUCUGGAUGAAAUGUUACCAGUGGGAUGAUUGUUAAAUAUUGUGGCCUAUUGUUGUCUAUAUUCUCUCUUCUAGAGUAUAUUUUAGUGAUAUCUUAUAACUACUAGUUCGACUAUGGGAUGGACAAGCGGAAAUCUGUUUACGGGCCCUGGCUCAGCUGUACCCUAUAUCACAACUAUUCAACCAUACGAUGAUUUGCGUGGUCACAUGUAUUAAUGGUAGUAUGACCACCGUAUUGUUUGUAUAGGGAUGUGUAUGGAGGAGCGUCGUGUCCAUCGAAAGUUAUAGAUGAGAGUAUGCAUAAGGGUUUAUACACA